AACACUGGCAGGUCCCCAAGAACUCUAUUUGACAGGCAGGAAGGACCUCCUGUAAGUACAGGCUGCAGCUGGUCCCCGUGUGUGCGUCUCAAAGACCUGUGUCAUCUAUGGGCCCCACUGGAAGACCUGGACUCCCUGGGGACAAGGGUGCCAUCGGGAUGCCUGGACGCAUGGGUGUCAAAGGUCAACCAGGAGAGAAGGGCGCUCCUGGAGAUGCAGGGAUGUCCAUCAUCGGGCCUCGAGGCCCCCCUGGCCAGCCGGGCACUCGAGGCUUCCCUGGAUUUCCGGGUCCCAUUGGUCUUGAUGGCAAGCCGGGCCACCCCGGACCUAAAGGGGAGACGGGCCUGGUGGGUCCCCGAGGACAGCCGGGCCCUCAGGGACAAAAGGGAGAAAAGGGUCAGUGUGGCGAGUACCCACACCGGCUGUUGCCUCUCCUCAAUUCUGUGCGGCUGGCUCCACCCCCAGUCAUUAAAAGGCGGACCUUUCAGGGGGAACAAGGCCAGGCUGGCAUCCAAGGCCCUCCAGGGCCACCAGGCCCCCCAGGACCAAGUGGCCCUCUGGGACACCCAGGACUGCCAGGGCCCAUAGGGCCCCCUGGUUUACCUGGGCCUCCUGGACCAAAGGGAGACCCAGGGAUCCAGGGCUACCAUGGCCGCAAGGGAGAGCGGGGCAUGCCGGGGAUGCCGGGCAAGCACGGAGCCAAGGGGGCUCCUGGGAUUGCUGUGGCUGGAAUGAAGGGCGAGCCAGGGACUCCAGGAGCCAAGGGUGACAAGGGGGCUACAGGCUCCCCUGGGCUCUCCGGCCUCUUGGGGCAGAAGGGAGAAAAGGGUGAUUCAGGCAAUGCCAUUGGAGGAGGCAGGGGGGAGCCUGGCCCCCCAGGGCUCCCUGGACCCCCUGGGCCAAAGGGAGAAGCUGGUGUCAAUGGCCAGGCUGGGCCCCCAGGACAGCAAGGAGACAAGGGGCAGCCAGGAGCAGCUGGGGAACAAGGACCAGCUGGCCCCAAGGGCUCCAAGGGUGAACCUGGCAAGGGAGAGAUUGUGGAUUACAAUGGAAACAUCAACGAGGCACUUCAGGAGAUCAGAACACUGGCCUUGAUGGGUCCUCCUGGUCUUCCUGGACAAACAGGGCCACCUGGACCUCCAGGGAGUCCAGGCCAAAGGGGAGAGAUUGGACUGCCAGGCCCUCCAGGACACGAUGGGGACAAGGGACCUCGAGGAAAACCAGGAGACAUGGGGCCAGUUGGCCCCCAAGGACCCCCAGGAAAGGAUGGGCCUCCAGGAAUGAAGGGAGAGGCUGGAGCCCCAGGGAGCCCCGGGGAGAAAGGGGAAACAGGACAAGCAGGCCCCCAGGGUCUAGACGGCCCAACUGGGGAGAAAGGAGAACCAGGUGACGAAGGGAGGCCCGGAGCGACAGGAUUACCUGGGCCCAUCGGGCUCCCGGGAUUCACAGGAGAGAAAGGAGAAGCUGGGGACAAAGGUGACCCAGGAGCAGAGGUUCCUGGGCCACCAGGGCCAGAGGGGCCUCCAGGACCUCCGGGCCUCCAAGGUGUUCCUGGACCAAAGGGAGAAGCAGGCCUGGAUGGCUCCAAAGGAGAGAAGGGUUCCCAGGGAGAAAAAGGAGACCGGGGGCCUCUGGGUCUGCCUGGAGCUUCAGGUUUGGACGGCAGGCCUGGGCCACCGGGUACUCCAGGACCAAUCGGAGUUCCAGGCCCAGCCGGACCAAAAGGAGAGCGGGGCAGCAAAGGAGACCCAGGGAUGACAGGACCAAUGGGAGCUGCAGGGCUUCCUGGUUUACAUGGACCACCCGGGGACAAAGGAAACCGGGGGGAAAGGGGGAAGAAAGGCUCUAGAGGGCCUAAAGGGGAUAAAGGGGACCAAGGAGCACCUGGACUAGACGCCCCCUGCCCGCUGGGCCACCGAGGUUUUAAAGGAGAGAAAGGGGAGCCGGGGCUACCAGGGCUGGACGGACUGGAUGCCCCAUGCCCACUGGGAGAAGAUGGCUUACCAGUCCAAGGCUGCUGGAACAAGUGAUGCCUCUAACCUCGGAUUGGCCUGUGUGUGUUUGUACAUAGGAUAUUUAUUUUUAUACAGUUUUCACUUUUUGAAAAUGCCCAAAGUAUGAUGCAUCUUACAGAUCAUUAAAAAAGAAAAGAGGAAAACCUGCAUAUUUUGUACAGAAAAUAACCCCUUUCCCUUUUGUUUACAAGACAUUUUUGUAUAAAUCUAAUACACUCUGUCUGUGAGUCUGCUCCUAAUGUUGCAUGAUAUUUGUGCACACUUAUUAAACAUCACAGCUUAAUAAA